AGGUCAAUAAUCGAAACGUAGUGUGCCGUCUCUAGUGUUCACAAAACAAAACAAACCAAAUUCGACAAAAUUUUGAAAACACUUUGGAUUUCUUAAUUCCUCCGUUUACCGCUUGCCAUGCAGUGCAGUUAUAAACUAGCCACCAAACGCAGUUUAUACAAUGCAACUGUGCUCCAGGCGGACUCCGGCGCCCAUGUAUACAGCCCGGAUCUGGAAGCAGCGCGGCAAAGUGCCCGGAUAGUGGUCAUAGGGGCCGGAAUAUCCGGUCUCUCUGCCGCCCAGCACCUGCUGUCGCAUGGAUUCCGACGCACCAUCGUCUUGGAGGCUACCGAGCGUUACGGCGGCAGAAUUAACUCCCAGCGAUUCGGCGACACCUUCUGCGAGCUGGGUGCCAAGUGGGUGAAAAUCGACGGGUCGCAGGAUUCUAUGUACGAGCUGUUGCGCAACACCGAGGGUCUAGGCAAGCAGAUAAAGCAGCCCGAGCGGCCCACCUACGUCCACAUGGAGCAGGAUGGAGGCCAAGCCAUUAAGCCAGCCAUAGCCGAACUCAUCGACACCCUGUUCCGGCAGCUAUGUCGCGGCUUUAAGGUCUCGGACCGAGUUAAACGCGGCGAAGACAUGCAGGCCCUAGACAACGUAAUGAGCUACUUUAGGGCAGAAAGCAAUCGGAUAAUUGCCGCCACAUUCCAGCAACCGGAGGAGCAACAGGCGGCGCGUGAGAUCUUUCAGUCGCUAUUCAAGGAGUUCGGCAGCGUCCUCGGAUGUUGCCUGGAAUACGUGAACAUUGAGCACAUAACCAAGUGUCCAGUGCAGCCGGAAAAGUGCCCCCUAUACGUGCCCACAGGACUGGAUAACAUCGUGGAGGAGCUCACACAACAGCUGGACAAGGAGCAGCUGCAGACGGGCAAGCCUGUGGGACAGAUACAGUGGACACCGUCGCAACUCAAGGGCGUGGGCUGCCUGGAUGGUAGUCUUUAUAAUGCGGAUCACAUUAUUUGCACCCUGCCCCUGGGCGUGCUCAAGAGCUUUGCAGGAAUACUGUUCCGGCCGACGUUGCCGCUAGACAAAAUGCUGGCCAUACGCAAUCUGGGCUUUGGAAAUCCCCUGAAGAUCUAUCUUUCAUACAAGAAUCCAAUUAAACAGUGGCUCAAGACAAGCCUGCGACCACUAGGGGCACACCCAAGUCGCUCCACUGAACCUCAAGUAGAGCGUAAUUGGACGCAACAGGUGGUGGAGAUCAGCCAGGUGCCCAACAGCCAGCAUGUCCUGGAGGUGCAAGUGGGUGGCGGGUACUACGAGGAAAUCGAGAAGCUUUCGGAUGACAAGCUGCUGGAACAGAUUACCACGUUGCUGAAACGCUGUAUAAGCAACCAAUUGGUUCCCUAUCCCGAAGCCCUACUUCGCUCCAGCUGGAGUACUUCGGCAUGCUACCUAGGCGGACGUCCAUACUUCUCCACGAACAGCAGUGCACGCGAUGUCCAGCGACUGGCGGCACCGCUGGGGGAGCAAUCACCGAGCCUGCUCUUUGCCGGGGAUGCCACUGCUGUCCAAGGCUUUGGCACUAUCGAUGCAGCCCGGUCCAGUGGUAUUCGAGAAGCGCAACGCAUCAUCGAUUAUUACAGGAGCAGCGUACAUCUUGAAUGGAAAUGAAUCUCUCAAAAUUUACACAAAAAUGGUACAAAGAACCUACAAAUAGAAACACACUAGUCAAAAUUUAUAGUUAAAAAUUAUUGUAUAUAUCUAAGCAGUUAAUUCUUUUUUAAUUAGGCGUAGCAUGUUAACAAUAAAAAAUAACUUACCUCUCGCGUA